AUGCUGGUAUUGGUCCAGGGGAGCGUGGAUAUACGCAAAACAGGCUGGCUAGACCGAUUGGUGGAAUAUCACAGACAUCACUUUAUCCAAGAUUUACAGAAAAUACCAGAUGUCCAGCUAAAGGCCAAAAUCUCCAACGCCCCACCUGGCUAUUUAGAUUCUGAGGAUUGGGAUUAUUCGUCUGUACUACGUCUGCUAUCGCUCAUCAGACAAAGCGAAGGGCUGGGUCCUGUGAGACGUGUGUUACGACAUGCUUUACAGGCUACACGACGCAUGAGCAUUAAGGAGAGUUUGAAGUUGUUUCCCAGUUUGCAGAAGGAAAUACCAAACGAUUUGUAUUACGACAUCGAAGAAACUGUCGAAUAUUACAACGAUGUGAAAACACCGAAAUAUAGCGAAAAUAAAACAUUGGAAAAUGCAAUAAUUGUUGUAAGCAACCCCGUGGAAGCCAGGCUACCAAGUGCUAUGAUAAGUGUUCAUUUACUCAAAGAAAUCCUAGAAAACCGAGCGAAAGCAGCAAGAUAUAUGCCUAAAACAAAAAUGACAUUCAUAUGGAAAGCGAAGAACAAUACAAGGCUGUCUUCUAGCGCACCUCAGGAUGCCACUACUCUGGGAGACAGCGCGAGCGUGACCGGGAUCCAUGGAUCAGGCAAUUCGUCUGUUGAUAACACUACUGUUGAGUAG